AAAACUCUUAAUCUUUAAAGAAGAAGAAAAAAAUGUCAGAAAUAUAUGGGUUAGCAUUAUCUGUUAUAUUCUCACUUAUGGUAGUGAAACUCUGCCAUUGGAUUUACCAGUGGAGUAACCCAAAAUGUAAAGGCAAACUUCCUCCAGGUUCAAUGGGGUUUCCGAUCAUCGGAGAAGAACUUUCGAAUUCAUGACGCCCUCUGACUUCAGUCUAGUAGUUUCACCGUAUCUGGAGAAGAGAAUAUCCAGAUAUGGUUCGAAAGUGUUUCGGACAAGUCUAUUCGGAGCAAAAGUUAUUGUCUCGGUUGAUCCUGACGUGAAUAUGGAGAUGGCAAAGGCGAGUUCGCAGUUGGGUGCUACAGAGAGCUUAAGGCGGAUAUUUGGAGAGAACAACGUGUUCCUCCAGAGUAAGGAGAUUCAUAAAUAUGUCCGGAACUUGACUUCUCGAUUUGUUGGUCCCGAGAGUUUAAAAACAAGAUUACUUCAUGACAUCGACAAUUUGUUACGAAAUGAUGUUGAGAACGGAGCACUAAACGGUUCUUUUGAUGCUAGAGAGGCAUCAAUCAAGAUGGUGGGUGAACUUAUUGCGAAGAAAAUAAUGGGUGAAACGGAAUCUGAGGCCGUAAAAGAACUCGGGUUAUGCUGGAGUGCUUUCCGAACCAGUUGGUUUCAGUUCUCUUACAACAUUCCUGGGACAACUGUUUAUCGAUUCGUUAAGGCUCGGAGAAAGGCUGCGAAGCUGCUAAAGGCCUUGAUUCUGAAGAAGAAAUCAUCAAAAGAAGGACUUGGCGAUUUCUUGGAUAUUAUAUUUGAUGAAAUGGAAAAGGAUGGGGCCGCUUUAGACAUAGACAGAGCCGUCAACUUGAUAUUCACCUUCUUCAUACUCUCCCAAGAGACAACUCCCGGUGUUCUAGGAGCGGUUGUGAAGCUUGUAGCAGACCACCCCAGCGUUAUGGAAGAACUACAGAGAGAGCACGAGGCGAUUGUUCGAAAUCGAGCUGAUAAAGACACUGGAAUCACAUGGGAAGAAUACAAAUCUAUGACAUUCACUCAUAUGGUUAUCAAAGAGUCGCUUCGGUUUACUAGUACACAACCUACCGUGCACAGAAUACCUGCUCAGGACGUUCAGAUUGGAGAUUAUACAUUACCUGCUGGGUGGCUAUUUUUUGGCAUUCCGCAAGUUCAUUUGAUGGAGAAAAGUAUGGUGAUCCACUUACCUUUAAUCCAUGGAGGGAAAGAUAUACACGGUACGGUAUCUAGGGAUUACAUGCCGUUUGGAGCUGGCGGGACUCAUUGUGUAGGGUCUGAGUUUGCUAAGCUCAUAAUUGCAACCAUGCUCCAUCAUUUGUCCAGAUUCAGGUGGUCACUGGACCCAAAAACAAGAGUGCUUCGAAGGUAUACACUUAUGUUCCCGGCUGGCUGCGAAGUCCACAUCUCCAAGGAUUCCGAGUGAUGAUCAUUGAAUUUGUGGUCUAUCCUUAUAUUUCUUGUAUAAAUAAUUGAUGAUCAUUGAU